AAUGAUAGAAAUGCCUUGAAUAGAGCCAACAGAUUGCUUGGUCUACAUCCGAGAGGCAUGGCCAGUUCUAUUUUACAAGUGUCUGCUGGAACUUUCCAAAACGUUGAGUCCUGCACUCGUUUAGAGUGGUCCUGCCAAUCAAAAGCUAUUUAUGGUCUCCUAGCAACAACAGUAAAUAAAGAAAAUGGCGGAAGACAAGGAAAGCGCAGAGGCCAUAGUAUCGGAGGUCCACAAGAAGAUCCGCGCUGCUUUUGAUGUGUUUGACCACGAGUUCAACAAGACAGUGGAUGUCAGGGAGAUAGGCACUAUCAUCCGCUCCCUAGGCUGCUUCCCUAACGAAGGGGAGCUACAUGACGUCAUAGCAGAGAUUGAGGAGGAGGAGCCAACAGGAUACAUCCGCUUUGAGAAGUUCCUCCCCACCAUGACCAAGGUUCUAAUGGAGCGCAAGUUCCGGCCCAUCCCAGAGGACCUUAUGCUCCAGGCCUUUGAGGUUCUAGAUAAGCAGAAAAAGGGACAUUUGGAACUGGAGGAGCUCACAAAGUACAUGACACAGGAAGGAGAGCCCUUCACCCAGGAAGAGAUGGAGGAGAUGUUGUCAGCUGCAAUGGACCCUGACAAGAACCUCAUCUUCUACAAAGACUUUGUUAGCAUGAUGACCGUGGAUGACCCCAGAUAGACUCUCAAUCACACACACACAAACAUAUUCACAUUCCUGCUGGGAGUAAUGACAAAUGUAACCGUUGUCUUGCGUAAUUGCUAUAUUGUUAUAGUCUAAUACAGAAUAUAAUGUGGUAUUGUAAAUGUUUGCAGUGUCAUAAACAUUUUUGGGCUUAUCGCCAAA